UUUAAACUUGUUUGUACAAACUGAUGAAGGAGGACAGACUAUCACUGAACAGCUGACAUGAAAGUCUAUAAAUUGUGCUUCUUUUUUCUCCUUCUUCUGUCCCAGAGCUCAGCACAGGAAGACACAGUGGCAGAAGACAUUGGAGUUCAUCAGGUGGAGCGGUUAGUGGAGAUGCUGACCUCCAGAGAGUGUGAGAAGCUCCUGCUUGCCCUGUCUCGCCCAGCGGAGGACAUUCUUCACCGCACUGAACGUCUCUCUCUUGAAAAUAAUCGACUGAAUUCUAGACUUCGAGCCAAGAGAGACGCCUCCUUUGCUGCAGACGAAAAGAGUCAAUGCAGGACAUCCUUGUCAAACUGGCUGCUGAAGUUUGGUGAAAAUAUUUACUACGACAGGCUUUCUCGUGCCUUGCAGCACAUCGGCAGAACAGACAUUGCCCUAGAAGUGGGGAAGAACAUCAACCAGGAUAAACUCUUAAACCUGAAGCGUUACGUUGAGGACUACCAGAAACAAGCCAACUCCCUAAUCGACCCGCCCAUGAAGCCAGACCCCCAUGAUCACCGUCAAAAAGGCCGAAAGAUAAAGAUUGAGGAUGUGUCGUGGCGUGACCUGGAUCUGAUCGUGAAGAGAGCGGCGGCCCCCAUGUAUCCGAGGGGGGUUCUGGACGUGGCUCUGCCCGUUUUGUACGGCAUCCUGCUCAGCUUGGUCACCUGCGCYGGUUUUCUCCUCAUCCUCGUUCUUGUUUCUCGGGAAUAAAUUGGAUCACUUUAGGAUGUUUCCAGGACAAUAAAAUGUUUCUGGUUGAGUGUCUGCAAAUAAAUACACAAAAUCUUCA